GUUUUUAAUAUCACAACAGAUGACGGUUAUAGCUUCGCGGGCAUUUUCAAACUGUAAAACGGCUGCUUGUGUGCUGCAUUGCUGACAACUGUAAAGGAAAUGAUAGAAACCGCGACCCGCAGCUUUACAGACGUCCCACGUGUGCGGUGUACAAUAGUGACAAUUAUUGUCAUUAUCUGCUGCUUCUGUCCGUGGAAAGGAGUGGCAAUUUUGCAAGAGGAGGACAUCAUCGCUACACUUGGAGAAAAUGUUAACUUGACAUCUAAGAUGGCAGCAAAUCAAACAACAGUAAAGGUUGUGUGGCAAAAGUACAUAGGCUACUAUGUGAAAGAUGUGGCUGUUUAUUAUGAAUCUGCUGCUCCAGAGCUGUAUGAAAAUUUUAAGAAUCGAAUAAAUAUAACUGUGCAGAGUUUGAAUCAGUCCACUAUUACAAUAUUUGGAGUAAGAAAAGAAGACGAAGGAUGUUACAAGUGUAUAUUCAUUGGAUAUCCAUCUGGAUCAGUAGAACAGAAAACAUGCCUCAAAGUCUAUGAGAAGGAAGAAAAAACAGAGCCCUCUACUUCUGACAGAAAAGAAAAGCGGGAGACCUAUGUAUAUUUUGCCAUAGUCAUAGUUAUUAUCAUGGCUAUAGUUCUUUGUUUAAUGUUUCGCAAACGUUCACAGACUCGUGAUCCUGAAUCAAGUGAAUCACCAAAACAAAAGGGCCAGUCUCCACAACUCCUAAGCAUACUUAUACAGAAAACACCCAUCAGCAAAGGAACACCCAUAAAUAUCUUGAAAAGUAUAAUUUCAGCAAGAAAGAGUGUGGAAGAUAAAUUCAAAGGACUAUGUGACUCUGCAAAGAAAACUUCAGUCAGGCUGUAUAAUGAAGUUACAGGUGAAGGCAAGGAAAAGACGCCAACAAAGAGUGUUAAUCGACAACUUUUUCAGGAGUCUUCAAACUCUCCAAAGUCGCAUGAGGAUUAGUAAAUUAAGGGUAAUGACAACAGUGCACAUUCUUACCCAAAUGGGAUUCUACAGUCCAUUCUUGACUGGAACAGUCCAAGCUGCCACUCCAGCCUCUAUGAUCUAGCAGAAGUACAGGAGGAAACGGAGUAUGAAAGCCAAAACAAAAAGACACAUUUAAUUAAAUGAGACAUAUUAUAUAAAGAUGGAGACAAAAAUGUUUUUUUUUUGGUUAAGUAUUAAGUUAUCUAUAUGACAUAUAUGUGUUCUUUAUAAAUAAUCAGUAAUUGUUUCUGCCAUUAUUUCUAGCACUAUCACUGUGUAAAGUACCAAUAAAAUCACCCUACACCAUGUGAAAGAACUGUACAAAUACUGUACAGUAUAUGUAGAUACUCUGUGUCCGUACUGUAAAUACUUUCUUUGUAUUCCUACCAGAAUUGUGUAACAUAUUUGUGUGUAUUCUUGUCUUCCUGGUUGUAAAUAUUGCUUUCUUGUCUUCCUGUUUGACAGUAUUGUACUCAAGCUCUUUCUGUCCACCAGCAUCAUGACAAUCAAGCUACAGAGAAUCCUACUUCUCCUUACUACCUUAUAUAACAUUCCUGAUUUUUACUUUCUGACCACCAUUUACUUUUCCCCUUAAAGCAAAUAAUCACUACGAUCUAGGUAGUGCAGACUUGAACCCCAUUACACUGCAGCUUCCACCCUACUGAAAAAAACACCUUUCUCAAAGUACCAUCAGCUAGCUGGGACUUCCCUUUACAUAUCUGUUACAGGUCCUUACUUUGCCACUUUUAAAACAUUAUUGACUAGUGCAAUGACUUCAGCAAACUAUCACACUACAGGUUCUAUCCUUCUCACCCAUCUUAAAAAGCUAUACAGUUCCAUGCAGUGUAAAUAUCCAGUAAACAUGUUGAAUACGCUGUCAUAUAUAUAUUUUUUCAAGUUCAGCAAAACAACAUAGUUAUUUUUAGCACCUUGGCUAAUGCUUUCCAGGAGAUGUAACAUCAAAA